AUGGCCUCUCAGCCGGGACUCACGAAUAUGGAAGCCACGAUGGGCUCUCGUAAACCCACGUCGACUCGCCCCAAACUCGAUGAAACCCUACCUACUUCUCAUUCCCCUCAACGCACCGACAGCCCAUCAACCAGACUUGAAGGCACCAAAGUGUCGCCUGUCAAGCUUCUCACUACCUCCCGAGCAGGCAUGCCAUUCCAUAAAACAGCGCCCACCCUUCAAUAUACAAACCGUCGCCGCGACGCUGCUUCUGACUCGAGCUCUGACUCGGGGCAUUUUUUCAAGACCAUCACCACACACUCAACGGUUCCGUCGGAGCUCUAUUCACGCGAUCUUGAUCACUCCUACUGCGUUGAUCUCGACGACUUUUCUGUUCCACUAGACGCGAGAGUCCUCAGUGCUCCAUCGUUCCGACAGCUUCAAGCCGCACUAAGCCAGCACGAUUCAAUCAUUGGCGGUUUCUCUCAAGCCCUAUUGAUCCAGCUAUUCAUAAUAGGCCUUUCCUAUGACAAUGGGGCGUUCGUAUCCCGCCCAUCGCCAAGAACCCAAGGAAUGUCUGUGGCUAAGGAGCCUAACUGGUGGCUCUCUCCAGCUGAUGUCUUUGAUGGGUUGGGUGGAGGGGCGGGUUUCCCUACCCUAGCCCUUGAAGUCGGCGUAUCAGAAUCCUACUCCCAGCUAUGCAAGGACGCCCAGUGGUGGUAUAGCAACUCUAACCAUCUCACCAAGUGCGUCGUUAUCAUCACUACUACUCGCAAACCUACAUGGUGA